AUGAUCCUUCAUAAAUUGCUAUUGUUGCUAAAUUUGGACUGGAAUCCUGACAACACAGCUAAGGAUUUGGAGUUCACAGCAAUGCCAGGAUAUUUUAAAGGGUACACUGUCCAGGAUACUCCAGAUUCCAAAAUUAAUGCUACUGCAAUUGAUUUCUUGCAGUUUGAUGAUAGAUUUAGCAAUUGGCAACAAUUAUAUCAAUCCAUCCCAAAUGAUACCGAAACUCAUUCAUACAAGCUGGUCAUUCUGGCCAGACACGGCCAGGGUUAUCACAAUGUUGCCUAUGACAAAUAUGGUGAGAAGGCUUGGUAUGAUUAUUGGUCCAGAUUGAAUGGUGACCAAGAUGGUAAUUGGUUUGAUGCAGAACUGACGCCUUUGGGUAAGAAACAAGCUCUAGAAACCGGCAAUACUUACCUGACAAAUAUGACUGAUGGUCUGCAACGCUUACCAGAUAAGUUUUUCGUUUCACCAUUAAGACGAUGCCUAGACACAUGCAUCAGAGAGUGGGAACCAAUAUUUGCUAAGCACAAGCCAGCAAAUUCUACUGUUCAUGUUAAGGUACUCGAAUAUAUGAGAGAAACUCUUGGAAUAGACACAUCUAAUGAACGUGUGGUUCAUUCUCAAGCACUUGCAGAGUACCAAAAUCAUAGAUAUAAUACCAGUGAUGUUACUGUUCAUUUUGAUUAUCCUGAGGAUUACUCAGAAAGGGACCAACUAUGGCAACCAAAUCAUUUGGAAACUAAUGAUGAAAUUGAUAGAAGAACAAAAAUUGGGCUACGUGAAAUGUUCUCCAGUGUCAACACUACUGAUAAAGUAAUUUCCUUGACAGCUCACCACGAUGUCAUUGAAAGUAUUCUAAGAAAUAUUAAACAUCCUACUAUUGAUGACCUGGAAACUGGAAAACUAGUUUACACUGUGAUCGAUGUAUCAAAAGUUCCAGCUGAUGACCAAUCGGUCAUCGUAGUAUCCUAA